GCCGCGGCCCCGCCCGCCCCGCCGAGCCGAGCAAAGGGCGGCGGCGGUGGUGGCGGCUGCUGGAGCAGCCCGGGAGGAGGCGGCGGCAAGGAUGGCGCCGGCGUCGUGGGCUCGGUGGAGAUGAGUGCCCGCGGCCCCAGGCCCAGGGCGGCGUGGCCGGAGUGGGCGGGGGUCCCGAUGCAGGCCCGAGGGGGGCCAUGGGGCAGGUCCUGCCGGUCUUCGCCCACUGCAAAGAAGCUCCCUCUACGGCCUCCUCUACCCCUGACUCCACGGAAGGAGGGAACGACGACUCGGAUUUCCGGGAGCUGCACACAGCCCGGGAGUUCUCGGAGGACGACGAGGAAGAGACCACGUCGCAGGACUGGGGCACCCCCCGGGAGCUGACCUUCUCCUACAUUGCCUUCGACGGCGGGGUGGGCUCCGGAGCGCGCCGGGAUUCGGCUGCCCGCCGGCCCCGGCCCCAGGGCCGCUCCGUCUCGGAAACCAGAGACCCACUCCCCCAGCCCGGCCUGGGCGACAGCCUGGAGAGCAUCCCCAGCCUGAGCCAAUCCCCGGAGCCUGUGCGCCGGGGAGACCCUGACACUGCCCCGCAGGCCGAGCGCACCCCGGAGGACCUGGGGCUCCCGCUGGACCAGCUGGACUGGGUGGGCCGGGGAGCGGGGUCCGGGGAGGACUCUGCCACCAGUAGCUCCACGCCCCUGGAAGACGAGGAGCCCGACGGAUCGGAGGCCAGAGAGGCUGGGAAAGAACUGGAACUACAACUCGAAUUCGCUCAGUCCUCGCCGCCCGGAGCCUUGACUCCACCAUCCAGCCCUGGCUCUGGGACCCCCCAGGCGCGGACCCCGUCCCCGCCCGGAUCCCGGGAUUCGAACUCAUGGCCUGCUGAGCCCUCGCUGGACGAGAAAGAGGAAGAGCCUAGGAGGCAGCUGGACCGGGAACCAAUCACGGGGCAGUGCCUUGUUAGCACGGACCAAUCAGAAUCCACACUGGAACCACACCUUCUAGGUAAACUGCUCGAGGCUGGCUGCUUGCAGACACCCCGGCUGGGGGCUGUUUACAAAGAGAACCACCCCUUUUGGGAACUGUCCCCACCUCCGUGGAGAGCCAUUGGCUGGGCGCGAAGGGGCCCCGCCCCCCCUGCUCCCUCCCUCUGGGCUCCCCUGAAGUGGGCAAAAGCCCCGAGAAGCGGUGGAGCCCGCAGCCUUUCCCGCGGAGCAGAGAUGGGGAGUAAAGUGGCGGACUUGCUGUACUGGAAGGACACGAAGACAUCAGGAGUGGUCUUCACAGGCCUCAUGGUCUCCCUGUUGUGCCUCCUGCACUUUAGCAUCGUGUCCGUGGCCGCCCAUGUGGCCCUGUUGCUGCUCUGUGGCACCAUCUCUCUCAGGGUUUACCGAAAAGUGCUGCAGGCCGUGCACCGGGGGGACGGUGCCAACCCCUUCCAGGCCUAUCUGGACGUGGACCUGACCCUGACUCGGGAGCAGAUAGAACGUUUGUCCCAGCAGAUUGCCUCCAAAGUGGUGUCUGCGGCCACCCAGCUGCGGCAUUUCUUCCUGGUAGAAGACCUCGUGGACUCCCUCAAGCUCGCCCUUCUCUUCUACAUCUUGACCUUCGUGGGUGCCGUCUUCAAUGGUUUGACUCUUCUCAUUCUGGGAGUGAUUGGCGUAUUCACCGUCCCCCUGCUGUACCGGCAGCAUCAGGCCCAGAUCGACCAGUAUGUGGGAUUGGUGACCAAUCAGUUGAGCCACAUCAAAGCUAAGAUCCGAGCUAAGAUCCCAGGGACCGGAGCCCUUGCCUCGGCAGCAGCCUCAGUCUCCGGAUCCAAAGCCAAAGCCGAAUGAAAAGGGCGUCUCUGUCCGCGGGACGCCUGCCCCCGCCACCUGCAGCCCCCUGUCCCCCUCGGUCUCCCAUUCAUCCCCACCCUCUUCCCUUCUCAGCCCCAGCCAUAUCCGGGUGGGUGUCUGGAUCACUCACACCAGGCGCCAAUUGCCUGAGCGGCCAGGACUACAUUUCCCAAGAGGCUCUGCUCUAGGAGUCCAGGAAAAGCGAGGCACCUUGGCCGAGGUCCUGCUGGUACUUGUAGUUGUCUAGCUAGGGCGCCCGCCCUGCACUUACCCGGCCGCUGGAGGCGCCGUGAGGGCUUGGUGUCUUCUGGACGCUGCUGGGCCCACGCCAGGGCUUUGCAUGGGGCCCAGGGGAGGCCUGAGCUUGGAUUUACACCGUAAUAAAGACUUCUGUGGAAACCCAA